AUGGACUCGCUGGGGCUCCAGACUUUGAUUAAUUACUAUUGUCAAGAGAGGUAUUUCCAUCAUGUGCUGAUUGUUGCCAGUGAAGGAAUUAAGAGAUAUGGCAGUGACCCGGUCUUCAGGUUUUACCAUGCCUAUGGCAUACUCAUGGAAGGUAAAAUUCAAGAAGCUCUUCGAGAAUUUGAAGCUAUUAAAAAUAAACAAGAUGUAUCACUUUCUUCUCUAAUUGCAUUAAUAUAUGCCCAUAAAAUGAGUCCUAAUCCAGAUAGAGAAGCUAUUCUGGAAUCUGAUGCCAGAGUGAAGGAGCAGCGCAGAGGAGCUGGACAGAAGGCUUUGUAUCAUGCAGGUCUGUUUCUGUGGCACAUUGGUCGUCACGAGAAAGCUAGAGAAUAUAUUGACAGAAUGAUCAAAAUGUCAAGUGGUGAUAAAGAGGGACAGGUUUUAAGAGCAUGGCUUGAUAUUACAAGAGGAAAAGAACCUUAUGCUAAAAAAGCAUUACGGUAUUUUGAAGAGGGAUUACAACAUGGAAAUGAUAUUUUUGCUCUCCUGGGUAAGGCACAAUGCCUUGAGAUGCGUCAGAAUUAUUCAGGUGCUUUGGAGACUAUAAACCAGAUAAUUGUGAACUUUCCAAGCUUCCUCCCUGCUUUUGUAAAGAAAAUGAAAUUGCAACUAGCCUUGCAGGAUUGGGACCAGACAGUUGAGACAGCACAAAGGUUAAUGCUACAAGAUAAUCAAAAUGUGGAUGCAUUAAGAAUGCUGGCUCUUUACUAUUUGUGUAGGGAGGGAGAUAUAGAAAAGGCCAUCUCCAAACUGGAAAACUUAGGAAGUACACUGGAGGCCAUGGAACCACAGAAUGCUCAACUUUUUUAUAAGAUCACGAUAGCCUUCAGCAGAACUUGUGGACGUAAUCAACUGAUUCUUCAGAAGAUUCAAAUGUUAUUAGAAAAAGCUUUUAGUUUAACCCCUCAUCAUUCAGAAUUUGCUACAGAACUUGGAUACCAAAUGAUUUUACAAGGCAAAGUGAAAGAAGCAUUACACUGGUAUAAGACUGCAAUGACACUCGAUGAGACCAGUGUUUCUGCACUAAUUGGAUUUAUCCGAUGUCAACUAAUGGAAGGGCAAGUGCAGGAUGCAGAUCAGCAGCUAGAAUUCCUUAGUGAAAUUCAGCAAUCUAUUGGAAAAUCUGCGGAAUUAACUUAUUUGCAUGCAGUUCUAGCAAUGAAGAAAAAUAAGCGGCAAGAUGAAGUUACUAAUUUAUUACAUGAUGUCCUGGAUAUUCAUUUUUCACAUUUGGAAGAUUUACCACUUGGCAUCCAGUAUUUUGAGAAGUUAAAUCCUGAUUUCUUACUAGAAAUUAUUACAGAAUAUCUGAAUUUCUGCCCAAUGCAGCCUGCAAAUCCUGGACAACCUCUUUCUCCAUUUCUCAGACGUUGUACCUCAGUCCUGGAGACUAUUGUGAGAACUGUACCAGGUCUUUUGCAAGCUGUUUUUCUAAUAGCAAAAGUGAAAUAUUUAUCAGGUGAUAUUGAAGCAGCUUGUAGUAACCUUCAGCAUUGCUUGGAACACAAUUCCUCUUAUGCAGAUGCUCAUCUCCUGAUGGCUCAAGUGUAUUUGUCUCAAGAAAAAUUCAAAUUGUGUUCGCAGUCUCUUGAACUUUGUUUGAGCUAUAAUUUUAAGGUGAGACAAUAUCCUUUAUAUCAUUUGGUAAAAGCCCAGUCACAGAAGAAAAUGGGAGAAAUAGCAGAAGCAAUUAAAACUCUGCAUAUGGCAAUGAGCUUACCAGGAAUAAGGAGAAAUAUUGCUUCCUCAAAAUUUAAAUGCCAAAAAAUUGAAGUUGAUACAAGCCAUCGUUUAUCAAUCUUUCUUGAGUUGGUAGAGGUUCACUGCUUAAAUGGAGAACAGCAUGAGGCGGCAAAAGUUUUACAAGAUGCCAUCCAUGAAUUUUCUGGAACAUCUGAAGAAUUGCGUGUUACUAUUGCUAACGCAGACCUAGCUCUCACCCAAGGAGAUAUUGAGAGAGCUUUAAGCAUGCUUCGAAAUGUUACAGCCGAACAGCCUUAUUUUAUAGAUGUUAAAGAAAAAAUGGCAGAUAUUUACCUCAAGUACAGAAAAGAGAAAAUGUUAUAUAUCACUUGUUACAGAGAAAUUGCUGAGAGAAUACCCUGCCCACGUUCCUUUCUUCUCCUUGGUGAUGCAUACAUGAAUAUUCAAGAGCCUGAGGAAGCCAUAAUAGCAUAUGAACAAGCACUAAAUCAGAACCCAAAAGAUGGAACUUUGGCAAGCAAAAUUGGGAAGGCUCUUGUCAAAACUCACAACUAUUCAAAGGCAAUCACUUAUUACGAAGCUGCUCUGAAAAGUGGACAACAGAAUUGUCUUUGCUAUGACCUAGCUGAACUUUUGUUAAAAUUGAAAUGGUAUGAUAAAGCAGAAAAAGUUCUUCAACAUGCUUUGGCUCACGAACCUGUAAAUGAACUGUCGACUCUCAUGGAGGAUGGACGUGCUCAAGUUCUUUUAGCAAAAGUUUAUAGCAAAAUGGAAAGACCUGCUGAUGCAGUCACCUCAUUGCAACAGGCUCGAGAAUUACAGGCGCGAGUGCUGAAACGUGUUCAGAUGGAACAGCCAGAUGCAGUCCCUGCACAGAAACAUUUAGCAGCUGAAAUUUGUGCAGAGAUUGCAAAACAUUCUGUUGCUCAGCAAGACUAUGAAAAUGCAAUUAAGUUUUAUAAAGAAGCUCUUGUUCAUUGUGACACUGAUAAUAAGAUAAUGUUGGAACUGGCACGGUUAUACCUGGCACAGGAUGACCCUGAUACCUGCCUGAGGCACUGUGCUCUGCUUCUCCAGAGUGACCAGGACAAUGAAGCUGCUCCCAUGAUGAUGGCUGAUCUCCUGUUCAGAAAACAGGACUAUGAACAAGCAGUGUUUCAUUUGCAGCAGCUUUUAGAACGCAAGCCAGAUAACUACAUGACGUUAUCUCGUUUAAUUGAUCUCUUAAGAAGAUGCGGAAAACUGGAAGAUGUUCCAAGAUUUUUCUUAAUGGCUGAGAAACAUAACCCUUCAACAAAAUCUGAGCCUGGAUUUCACUACUGUAAAGGCCUGCAUCUUUGGUAUACUGGAGAACCAAAUGAUGCCCUUCGGCAUUUUAAUAAAGCUCGGAAAGAUAGUGACUGGGGCCAAAAUGCCCUUUACAACAUGAUAGAAAUCUGUUUGAAUCCAGAUAAUGAGACUAUUGGAGGGGAAGUGUUUGAAAAUCUGGAUGGAGACUUGGGCAACUCAACUGAGAAGCAAGAGUCUGUGCAGUUUGCAGUGAGAACAGCAGAAAAACUCCUCAAAGAACUAAAACCUCAGACUAUUCAGGGUCAUGUCCAGCUUCGCAUUAUGGAAAACUAUUGCCUAAUGGCAACCAAACAGAAAUCUAAUGUUGAGCAAGCAUUAAAUACCUUCACUGAAAUUGCAACAUCUGAGAAAGAUCAUAUUCCAGCACUUUUGGGAAUGGCAACAGCUUAUAUGAUCUUGAAACAGACGCCAAGAGCCAGAAAUCAGUUAAAGCGGAUUGCAAAAAUGAAUUGGAAUUCUGUCGAUGCUGAGGAGUUUGAGAAGAGUUGGCUGCUACUUGCUGAUAUUUAUAUUCAGUCAGCAAAAUAUGACAUGGCAGAGGAGCUGUUAAAACGGUGCCUGCGUCAUAAUAGGUCUUGCUGCAAAGCUUAUGAAUAUAUGGGGUACAUUAUGGAGAAAGAGCAAGCAUAUUCAGAUGCUGCCUUAAACUAUGAGAUGGCAUGGAAAUUUGGCAAUCAGACAAAUCCAGCAGUAGGAUACAAACUGGCAUUUAACUAUUUAAAAGGGAAAAAAUACGUGGAUGCGAUUGAUGUAUGUCACCAGGUUCUUGAAGCACAUCCAACUUAUCCAAAAAUCAGAAAGGAUAUACUUGAUAAAGCCCGUGCAUCCCUAAGACCUUGAGUACUUAAUUUGUUGGUUACACAGGAAAUGAAUCUGGUUUUUAGCUCUUCCAGUUCAAACCAAGGUU